AUGGAUCCGCUCUCCGUUGCAGCGUCUAUCAUCGCAGUUGCAGGCGCGCUUUACACAGUCAGUCACAAGCUCAGGUGUUGCGCCAGAACGCUAGCGCAUGCGGGAAGGGAGGUCAAUGCCGUUGCGAAGGAGAUGAGCAUGUUUUCGACACUCCUGCGUUCUCUCUGGGCUACAAUUCAACGUUUGAUACCUUUAGUGUCUGAAGUACUCGAUGUCUUGAAGAUUUGUAAGGACCUCGUCCGUCAGGCGGACGAGAAUGUGAGGGAAUUCGAAAAGUUUCUAGAAGAUAUCGGACCACUUCGCGACCCAGGAAAUGCCAAUCUGAUUGCAAAGGCGGUUGCGCGGUUGAGAUGGUUGUUCCAGAGGACGGACCUCUUGCUGUUGAGGUCAAAGCUGGAAUCGUCAAAAUCGACUAUUACUUUGUAUAUCACUAUGAUUCAUUUGAGGAUCGAAAUUGAACAACUCGCGGCGGCAAAGAUACAGAAGAAGGACAAGGCACAUAUUAGUGAGCUUCGACACCAAGUGAAAUUGCUCAAAUCUCAGCUUCGCAACGAGAGAAGUACCGUAAAAGGCGCCAUCAUAGCAUCCAGCAACAUUGCAUAUCAUAUCCAAGGACGAGAACAAAGCUCUGUCAACGCGAGAGUGGCCACUAAGGCCUGUAUCCUCGCUACAGAGCAGCUUGAAGAGCAUGCUAGGCAAUCCUAUCAAGAGCGAGACGGACAACCAGUAACACGCCCUGGCUCCUCGACCAACUCAUCUGCAUCAUCAAGUGGCUCUUCUCCACGGCUCGGCGUACCGAGAUCUCCAAGUCCCCCAACAUCUCCCCCUCCGCCAAGAGCCCAAACAAGUCAUACCCAACCGCUUCUAUCGAAACCAGACGCAGAUCGCAGGGAAGUCAGAAUAGCGACCGAUAUUACCACUUCUGGAAAAUGGGACUUUGGCGAGCCGGGCACACCUAGCAACACAGGUGUUAAUCCACCUAGUCAGGGAAAUGAUCCUGUGGAUUUCAAUGACAGUAUCAAGGAUCAGAACGCUCGGAAUUGGAGUAAGCGAACGGAACAUGGUAGUCGUGUCAGAGAUGAGACUAUGAAUGUUGUGUGGGCGGAGCAACAUCGUGGCGAAUAUUAA